CCAUGGAGGGGGACGGGGACAAUGCCACCGCCUACAAGCUCACCCUGCAGAACCGCUCCAAUGCCAGCGCCCAGUUCACCGGGGUGCAGCUCAUCCAGUCCUUCAAACCUCUCAUCAUCCCCUGCUACGCCCUGGUCGUCCUCGUCGGCAUCUUCGGCAACUACCUGCUCCUCUACGUCAUCUGCAAGACCAAGAAGAUGCACAAUGUCACCAACUUCUUCAUCGGGAACCUGGCCUUCUCCGACAUGCUGAUGUGCGCCACGUGCGUGCCCUUCACCCUGGCCUACGCCUUCAACCCCCGGGGCUGGGUUUUUGGGAAGUUUUUGUGCUACUUCGUCUUCCUGAUGCAGCCCAUGACCGUCUAUGUCUCGGUGUUCACGCUCACGGCCAUCGCGGUUGACAGGUACUACGCCACCGUGCACCCCCUGAAGAAGCGCAUCUCGGUCACCAGCUGCAUCUUGGUGGUGGGGGGCAUCUGGCUGCUGUCCUGCGGGCUGGUGGCCCCCGCCAUCGCCCACACCUACCACGUGGAGUUCCAGGAGGAGGGUUUCGCCAUCUGCGAGGAGUUCUGGAUGGAGAAGGAGACGCAGCGCCUGGCCUACGCCUACGGCACGCUGAUCGUCACCUACAUCCUGCCGCUCUCUGCCGUGUCCCUCUCCUACAUCUGCAUCUCGGUGAAGCUGCGGAACCGCGUGGUGCCCGGCCACCCCACGCAGAGCCAAGCUGAGUUCGACCGCCUGAGGAAGAGGAAGAUCUUCCGCCUCAUCGUGCUGGUGGUGGCAGCCUUCGGGGUCUGCUGGCUCCCCAUCCAUGUCUUCAACAUCCUCCGCGACAUCGACAUCAACCUCAUCGACAAGCACUACUUCCUCCUCAUCCAGCUGCUCUGCCACUGGUUCGCCAUGAGCUCCUCCUGCUGCAACCCCUUCCUCUACGCCUGGCUGCACGACCGCUUCCGCGGGGAGCUCCGCAAGAUGUUCGCCUGCAAGAGGAGGAUCAUCCCCGCCAAGCACUGCGGGGCGGCCGGCGGCGUGCUCUGAG